UCUGAGAGUUAAACAAGCCUGCUCGGUUAUGAUGACAUUAUCUGGGGUCACCUUUUAUUUAAAGACUGCUCUCUUUCUCUCUUUUCGUGGAGUUUUGUGUGCAUAUGACAGUGGGUUAGGUAGUCUUGUCGCUUUGAGAUUGUGUAGUCAUGCCACUUAUCGACAGGCAGAUUGUUUUGACAGGGCGCUCCCAGUGAAUUAUAGAAGAUAAGCUCGCUGAAUGUAGCUGUCACGGACAGAUACUAUUAUAUUAACCGCCAAAAACGUACAAUGUAGUAGGUAGCUGUCAUUAUCCUUUGGCUUUGCUGCUGUCUGGAAGGAUGAAACUCGGCUUAAUGUGUUCUCCGUUUGGUUUUCGUAUAGUAUGUGGUCGUAUGCUAAACCACCAUGAUCAUUAUUAGCACUUGCUAUGUUUUGGUGAUUUGGUGACGUAGUUGGCUAGACCGCUUCCUAUAGUUUUACUUUUACUUCAGUUUUACAUUUCUGCACUUGUUAACAUUCGGUGAUUUGCAGAAUGACACUGUUACUACUACAGUUGUCAAGAUGUCCAGGCGUACAUCUUUUGAAACGCAAUGUUCAUUUCCGUGCACAAGGCAGACAAUUUUGGUUUGAUUGCCAGACAUCCAGGGGUCAACGAAAUAGGCGAGAGGUGAGUGGGAAAUUGUCUUCGCUUUUAUACACGAGGGAAUGCAGCUCUCUCGUGCCCUGUGUUCCACUAGGAGCGUUCCCUAAACCUCACUAUUUGUUGAGGUGCUCAUCGACAACCACGAUAAACGUUGCCAAAUACAGCUCCUCAACAGACUCAAAAAGAACAACAAAAGGAGAUGACAGCAAAGAUCUACCAUUGGCACAAACCAAAAAAACACCAACUCGGAUAACCACUGAGGAUGUAAAAAGAAUAUUACAACUUGCCCAUCCUGAGCGCUUAAGGCUGUCUGCGGCUGUGGGCUUCCUUGUGGUCUCCAGUGCGGUCACCAUGUCGGCACCCUUUUUUCUAGGCCAGGUUAUUGACACCAUCUACACCAACUCCUCAGAAGACUUUUCGGCUUCCCUCACCUCUCUGUGUUUAAUGCUCUCCGGCGUGUUCCUUUGUGGGGGCGCAGCCAAUGCUGCACGCGUCUACUUAAUGCAAAUCUCAGGGCAACGGAUUGUGAGAAAUUUACGUGUAUCACUAUUCUCCUCGAUCAUAAGGCAGGAAGUGGGUUUCUUUGAUAAAACCCGUACUGGGGAACUCAUAAACCGCCUGUCUGCAGACACAACUGUCAUUGGACACUCAGUGACAGACAACCUCUCAGAUGGGCUUCGUGCUAUUGCCCAGGCAGGAGCUGGGGUCAGCAUGAUGUUUUACGUGUCACCCAGUUUGGCAGCCUUUGUUCUGAUGAUAGUGCCUCCUAUCGCUGGCCUGGCUGUCAUAUGUGGGAGGUAUCUGCGAUCCAUAUCGAAACGGACACAGGACUCUCUGGCAGAGGCUACACAGUUGGCAGAAGAGCGUAUCAGCAACAUUAGGACAGUUCGGGCAUUUGGCAAGGAGCUGACAGAGUUGGAGAAGUAUACAGAGAAGGCCAACUAUGUUCUCCACUUGGCUAAAAAGGAAGCCAUUUUACUGGCAGGCUUUUUUGGUGUGACUGGACUCAGUGGCAACAUCAUCAUCCUGUCUGUGUUGUAUAAGGGAGGGCUUUUGAUGGCCAGUGAACACAUGACUGUGGGAGAGCUCUCUUCCUUCCUUAUGUAUGCCUUCUGGGUGGGCAUUAGCAUUGCAGGUAUGAGUUCAUUUUACUCUGAGCUGAUGAAAGGCUUUGGGGCUGGGUCACGGAUGUGGGAGCUACUGGACAGGAAGCCAGAGUUUCCCCUCAAUGAGGGCAUUGUGCUCAGGCCAGAACAACUGAAGGGCCAGCUGGAGUUCCAGAAUGUGUCUUUUGCCUACCCGACCCGCAAAGACGCCCUGAUCUUACAGGAUAUGAGUCUGUCCAUACCAGCUGGCACCGUCAUGGCCGUAGUAGGCCCCAGUGGAUCAGGAAAAUCCACUCUGGUCUCCUUGCUGCUCCGUCUCUAUGACCCAGACACAGGUGUGAUUACUAUCGACGGGCAUGACAUCAGAGAUUUGAACCCUUAUUGGCUGAGAAAUCACAUUGGAACUGUGAGCCAGGAGCCUGUACUCUUCUCUUGUUCCAUUGCCGAAAACAUUGCCUACGGAGCUCCUGACUCCAACACGGUCACAGCUCAGGAAAUCCACCGGGCUGCACAAAUCGCCAAUGCCUAUCAGUUUGUCCAAGGUUUCCCCAAAGGCUUUGACACUGUCGUUGGAGAGAAAGGAGUGCUGCUCUCAGGCGGUCAGAAACAGAGGAUUGCAAUUGCAAGGGCUUUGCUCAAGAACCCCAAGAUACUUUUACUUGAUGAGGCAACAAGUGCUUUGGACACAGAGAAUGAGUUCCUUGUCCAGGAGGCUCUGGAGAGGCUGAUGGAGGGCCGCACUGUACUUAUCAUCGCACACCGUCUCUCCACCAUCCAGAACGCAGACGCUGUGGCAGUGCUGGAUGAGCAGCGUGUGGUGGAGUGUGGUCAGCACGCACAGCUGCUGGGCAAUCGGCAAGGCCUCUUCAGAAAGCUGAUGGAGAAACAGGCCUUCCUUCAAGAGGGGCAAAAGCAAGCGUUGCGUUGAAGAGAUGGGGGGGGGUGGGGAGGGGCAGACCUUAUGUGGGGAACAUAUUUUAGCUCUCUGAUGCUUAGAACUGGGAGGAAUACAUUGUAAGAGGGCCCAUGGGUUGGAUUGUCUUUCUUUAAGAAAGCCAAAUCCUUGAGUAUCCUUCUUGAGGGGUUUGAGAGCUCUGAACUACUAUUCUCACUAUGCGUUUUCAAGUUAAAAGGUGGUCUUUGUAUAUACAGACAGUUGACAAAUUAAAGGGGAAAAAACAUAAAGUAUCUCAGUAAGGUGUUGGGCCAACACAAGAUGCCAGAACAGCUUCAAUGCCCCUCCAUAUGGGUUCUGCAAGUCUCUGGAACUCUACUGGAUGGAUGGAAUGCAAUUAUUUAUUAAGAGACAUUCCCUCAUUUGUUGUUUUGAUGAUGGUGGAAAGCGCUGUCCAAAGUCUCCCAUAGGUGUUUAGUUGGGUUCAGAUCCAGUAACGGUGAAGACCCUAGCAUACGGUUCACAUCAUUUUCAUUCUCGUCAAAUGAUUCCGUGACCCCUCGUGCCCUGUCGAUGGGGUAUUGCCAUCCUGGUAGAGACAAAAUUAUGAACUUUUAAAGUCACCUUUCCUAUUGCCAACUUCAUCCACAAUCAAGGUCUGGGCCUGCUCAGCAUUUUUUAAACAUGUCAUAGGAUAUUAAUUUCUAUCAUGCAAUAGAUUGUAUCAUGCAAUAUUCCUGUGUGGAAGCAUCUGCAUUCAUUAUGUUCCUCCACUCAUUUAUUCAGGUUUUCCUUUAAUUUGUCACCAAUCUGUAUUUUUAUAAGUUUCAAGUGAUCUAGGACAUAAAGAAUAAAUGAAGCUAGCAUGAGUGAAUUAUAUACUAGGCCUAUUUACUAGACAAUAUUAAACAAACCUAUAAACUACAAUGUCAAAAUGACUGUAAGAUAAGAUUAAAUCGUACAUUCCAGGUGAUGAAGGAAACAACUGCCAGUUCAAUCAGUUCAAAGUUCAAGUGAUCAUUCAGUAAAAAUGUACACUCAAAAUGUAAAUGUCUAUUUAAGCUGUUCACCAUUUUAUUGUGAUUCAAUUUACGCUGGAUAUUUGAUUUACAAAAGUUAAAAAUAAUUUAUCUUCAA